GCAGGGUCUUCUUAUGCAAGUGGAGUCUCGCGACUGGCGUCUCGUUCCCGCAUGCUCCUCCGUCGACGGGGUGGUGGGCGUGGCCUCACGUCACGCUGGCCCCUCGUCCCGGCCUCCGAUGUCCCUGACUCACUCAUCAACCAAGCGAUGGCGGUUUUGCAGGGGAAAUCCCGUGAGGCUGUCAUACGAGAGCUCCAACGAACAAACCUGGAUGUCAACCAGGCAGUCAACAACCUCCUCAGUAGAGACGACGAUGAUGGAGGAGACGGAGAGGGGAGCGAGGGAGACCCUCUCAUUCCAGCUGCCUUCUUCCCCUCCGGAGAUGAGUUGCUGAGUCUACUGGGGUCGGUGGGUGCAGUGGGACCAGGAGAGGAAGACAUGGAGGAGGGGGCGGGGCCGGGCCGGCCGGUGAGAGAGAGCGGACCUCGGGGUGACGAGGGAAUGAGGGAGGAGAUUGCUGGGAGACUGUCGCGAGCCGUUCUCGAUGAGCUGGGUGGAGAACCUCUCGUUCUUCCCGGAGAAGCUGUAGGAGCCAGAGGAGAGGGAGGUAGUGGGGGGCGAGAGAGGAGGGAAGAGGGGAAGAAGAGGAAGGUGGGAGGUGGGGGGAAGUCGACCAAAAAGGACACACUCCCCACACCUGUCUUUUUUGAGGCGGAGUCGCCUCUCGUCCUGGGCGGAGCUGCCCCACCCUUCACUCACAUCACCAGUCUGCAUUCCGAACUGGUUGCUGUGGAUACAGAGGGAGCACUGUGGAGGUGGGCGUGGAAGAGUGCGAUUUUGGAGUCACACCCCCUCGUUAGCGAGCUUGGUCUGGUCGGGGAGAGUGUGAGACUGUUGUCAGGGAAACAGCUCCGCGUCUCCGUGGUGACUGACUCUGGAAAACUGGCGAGCUGGCUGGACUGGAGUGUGUCCCCGGUGGCUAAACUGGUGGAGCACUCUGCCUUCACUCCCAGUGAGCUGGCAGGAGACACUGUCGUUCAACUCGUCUCCUCCCACCUCUUCUCUGCCGUUCUCACCGCCUCCCAUAAGAUCUACUGGUGGGGACUCCUGCCGUUCCCGGAGAGGAAGCAAGCAGUGGUGGAUGUUCAAGAGAGACUCAGAGGUUCCGGAAGAUUCUCAGGCGGCAGCAGCGAGGGGGGUGAGGUGCAGCUGGACAGCCUCGUCUGCCUCAGGUCCAGCCCUAUAUACACUGCUGGGACUAAAGCCAUCUACUGCAGGGGACAUAGGCUCCAGUGUGGCAUCCUGCAAGAGAGCGUGUUUUCCUGUUCCAUGUCUGAAAAGUGCCGAUUUCGUGUUGUGACCGCCAGGGAUGAACCUGUCGAGACGGAGCCGUCCGAGGGGUCAAAAAGGACGGGCGAAGAAGGGGGAGCCCCGCCCACACCACAUUUGGGGGUGAAACGUCGUUACCAUGACGACGGGGCUGGAGGUCGCGAGGAACAGUGGUCGCUGCACGACGUAAUAUUCACGGACCGAGUCCAGAGUGUGAGAGUGGGGAGAGUGGUGAAGAUAGACGGGUUGUUUGCAGCUGUUCAUUUCCCUGGGAGGAGGGAGGGUGUGCGGAGGGAGGGAGGGGAGGGAGAGGAGAAGAUGGAAGAGGGAGAGGAGGGCGGAGUUCUCGGUAGAUGUCGACUUCUGAGGAAAGAUGAUCUAGUGCUGGCGACAGAGUCGCUGACUCGGAAGGUGCCCCACUAUCGCCAAGACAACCUGGCGAGGCUGCGAAGCCCCGUACCCUCAGACACGCCCCUCGUGGUGUGCUGUGGUAGUCAGGGAGUCCACGCUCUGUUCUCGUCUCGUCACCAACUGUUCCAUGUCAAUUUCUCCCUAUCAGGUCGAGUGACGCAGAGCUCUCCAUUCAGCCAACUCUCCUCUCACUACUUCCUUCAUCAGGCCACACCCACUCAGCUGUUACCAAUAGCAACCAAUCAGUGGUUGAUUAGGGACAAAUUGGGUGGGGUUCACCUCACUUCUGUGAAUGCAGCGUCCGCCAUGAAAGACCCACUGCCUUUGAAUCUUCCUCCAGUCACUGCCAUGGCAACUGGGCAGUGCAGCAGUCGCACUGGUGUUGUCGUGGUUGCCUGGCAACAGCAGCGUCUGAUCCCAGUUCUGUUACGUAAGGAUGUGUCUGGUCUCAAAACCAUUCUCUCCUCAACGUCGAAAGAUGAUAUGCAGUCACUCCUAUUAGAGCACACCUCUGGCGGAUGCAAUAUUCUCCACGUUCUCUCCCUCCUCGGACGACCCCCGACCCCAUCUCGUUCCUCCUCUGCCUUCACCUCGGGCGCAGUCGGGGAAAGAAGGCGUGGCAUGGCGGCGCGGACCACACCCCGCAGCGGAGUUCUCCGAGAGAUCAUGAAACAGGCCAUGGCUCUUGCUUCAAGCUCUGUCUCCUCUCAUAGCCUCGACUCAUCGGAAGCAGGUCCAUGGGGUAGCGAUGAAGGAGAGAGUGACUCUUCCUCCCCUCCUCCUCCACCCCUCUCCUCCUCCAUGUCCGCCCCCUCCGUGGUCUCCCUGUGUCUUGGACAGCUGGGGUUGGUCCUCACCGAACCCCCCUCCCCCCUCUCCUCACUCCUCACUGAGAGAAACGUAGAGGGAUACACACCCUUCAUGGCAGCUGUCUCCUACAAGGCGUACCAGGUGGCGAUGCAGCUGCUGGACCUUGCCCUCUCCAUCGCCGACGGAGAUCAGAACAAACUGAUGGCUGCUCUGUAUCCUAGCGACUGUCACCCUGACGACAACCCCAUCUUUGUGCUCUGUCGCAACGACAACUGUUCGUUCACCUGGACUGGAGAGAUGCACAUUCACCAGGACAUCUUUGUGUGUCGCAGCUGUGGACUGACGGAUUCCCUAUGUUGCUGCACGGAAUGUGCUUAUACCUGUCACCGUGGUCACGACUGUGUCUUCAAGAAGGCGAGUCCCACGGCCUACUGUGACUGCUGGGAGAGAUGCAACUGCCGGUGCCUCGCUCAGACCCCAGACUCCACCAGACUGGCUUUGCUCCAGAAACUCAUGAGCAACACCACCCUGGCUAACAAGUUUGAUGGGUCUCACCAGAGUCUGUUGGCAGCGCUACUGACGAUGGCGUCACAUCAGUCCAGGGCCCAGAGUCACUGGUCCAUGAUCCGGUCCUCAUCCCUCCAUUCCCGUUCCAGACACGAAGACAUGCCGGUUUACAAUCUCAGGCCUCCAAAGUUUGCCCCCAAAGCCCUCGCAGCUGUUGUGGAGGACUGGCAGUGUGUCAAGUCCGCUGUACUGUGUACCUCUGUGGGCGGAGCUUCAUCCAUUGACCACACCCACCACCUCGGCAGUGUCCCAGUCGACUCAAUGGUCUACUUGCUACUGGCAAAACAGGCUGGACAAGGGACCCUCAGCAGUAUUCUGUCAACGAUAGUGAAACAUAUCACAAGAGGAAGCCCGCAGGAGAGGGCGGAGGCAGUGGGCGUGGCCUCAUGUUUCCUGCGCUCCGUGGUUCGUGUGUGGAGUGUCUGUGAGUUGGAGAGCUCAAACAUUCCCUCCCCAGUUCCUUCCUCCCGCCCUCGACCAAGUGUGUCCAAAUCAGGUGUGGGUGAGCGAGCAUUCUUCAUUUUCUCAUCUCUGGCACUGCAUGCAGUCCCUGCUCUCCUGGAGACAGCUCUUCAAGUCAUCACCCCGGUAACGAGGGGUAUGGCCCGCCCAAUUGACCCUCUCUCCAUGACGGAUCGUCACAAGGUUGCCGAGGAGAUGUUCCGUUUGCCCCCUGUCUCUCUUCUGAGAGAACAACCAAUGGAACUGUCAGAGCAAGGGGGAGAGGGUGUGAGUGGUGAUGAAAGUGAGGCUGGUGACGGGGAGGAGAGUGUGGCUGGAGUGGGAGGUCAGGACGCCAGCUCUACGGCAACCAUUGGCUCCAAUCUUCUCUACCUCUCUGAUGAACAGGACUCAACUGACAACGAUGACGUGGAGUCAGAUGCCUCGCUACCCGCUGAACAUUACCAUGACGACGAGGACGUGGUUCUGGAGCCUCCGUCCCAGCGACUGCGGCUGCUUGGAAGACGAGGAGGGCACUGGGCCCUCCCCUCGGCCCCGCCCACUUCGACCACACCCUCUUCCUCCACAUCUCGGUUCUCGCGCUCUUCCAGAAGAGCUGGGCGAAGUGUUGGGACCUCUGCCUCUCUCCUUGCACAGACCUUCUCUCUCAUCAUUAGGCAGAUUGCUGUUGUCCUGGAGACAACCUUUGACAUCCGAGAGCUCCCCGUGCCUUCUUUCCAGCUCUCGGUAUCCCAUGGCGACUCAGAUAUGCUGACGUUGCAGGUGUGGGCCAGACUGGAGCCGGUGUUGGUGUGGCUUGCUACGAACAUGGACUCCGUGGAGGUACUAGUGAGAAGAGGAAACAACAUCUCAGAGCGGGCUCCAUUUAGAAACAUUCUCUCCUCAGGCCACGGGAGAGGAAAGGCAGGAGAGGGAGGGGCUGGCAGUGAUGCACUUGAGGGCAGAAGGGAGACCUUCUCCUAUCUCCUGACGAUACUGCGAGAGGCAGGGCCCGAGACCUCUGGCCUCAUUCCUGCUAUUGACGUGGCUGGAAUGGAGCACCUGGCAUGGACCUUGGACGCUCUUCACUACCUCCUAGAGACAACUAGACCGUCAUGUGAAGCCACACCCACCUCAAAGGAUGGAGUUGCUCGUACUUCUCUCUUCUUCCGGAGGUCAAGGUCCACCUCGUGUCUUGGAUCUCUCCCUGCCUCGCCCUUUGACCCUCUCCAUGAAGCCCUACCACUUGCCGAGAAGCCACACCUCCUUGACGCCUCGUACAACAAGCAGCACUUGUUUGGCUUUGACAAGUCAUCGGUUCUGGAGGUGUGGCCGUCAUGUGACCUCCAAGCCCCGCCAAUUCUCUCCCUCAUCUCGCAUCCCCUUCCCCGAGGUCAAGGCUCAACAGCUCCCAGGAAACAAACAGACCCCGCCCACCUGAGGGGUUGUCGUGUGGUAGGUGUCAAUAGUCAUGAACUGGCAGCCUCUGUGCUCCUCGGUCGCUGGGCAACCACUGUCGACCUGUUUGGACGAGUGUUUGGGGAGACGGUGGGAAGACUGCCGGACUCAUUCCUGGCCCAGGAGAGAGGGUUCAAAUCUCGGGAAAGAGAGUUCCGUAGAGACAUGGACACUCUACACAGCUCCACCCACAACGAGCUCUCCCUACAGGUGGAGCGGCCUCGGGACAAGCUUUUGCUAGGGGUACUGCAGCAGUUACAGGCAAUGUGUGAUAGUAGGCAUUCCUCCAGUCCCUCCACCAGCCUCCCCCCUCUCUGUGUCUACAGGUUCAAGGUGAGGGUCUGGUAAUGAUAUUCACGACCCAGUGAAGCCAGCCGUCUUGCCCUCAGGUGGUGUUUGAGAAGGAGCCGGGGGAAGGCUCUGGAGUCCUGCGCUCCCUCUUCACCGCCUUCGCUGAUGCAGUGCUGUCAGAGGAACCUCUCCCUCGACUGGAGACACUCGCACAGCCGCUGAAGAGCUUGAGCUACUCAGGUGCUGGGUUCAAAGGGAAAUCAUCCAGGGACAGGUCUAAAGGUCCUCGUUCCCUUCCUCAUCCUCUUCAGCCGUCUGUCAUCAAGCAGGCAGGGAAAGUAUCUGCCAGUCCACCAGAGGUGGAGCCUGCUCUCUUCUACCAGCCCGGGAAGGCGGGGUUUUACUCCCUGGUCCAGGCCACGCCCACUCCGGAGAGACUGCAGGCAUUCAGAGGAGUUGGUCGUAUGAUCGGACUUGGCCUUCUCCUCUCGGAGGUCUUCCCUGUUCCUCUCUGUCGCCAUGUCCUCAAGUUUAUCAUGAUGAGAGAGGUUGCGUGGCAUGACCUGGCUUUCUUUGACCCGGCAAUGUACGAGAGUCUGAGGAAGCUGAUAGUUGAAUCAGAGGGUGAUGGAGGCAGAGACAGACUUGCCAACAUGGGCCUCACCUUCCAGGUGUCUCUGAGUGGAGAGGAAGGAGGAGGAGAGCCAUGUGAACUGGUACCAGGAGGAGCCAGCCAGCCCGUAACCCCCGACAACGUCUACCAGUACGUCAAGUUGUAUGCAGAGCUGAGGAUGGUGGGAGUGUGCCAAGAAGCCUUAGUGGUAAGGGAAAUUACACCCACUCAAUGGAGGCCAUGCAAACAAGUGAUUUUAAAAUUUAAGCCACGAAAAAAAAAAUUUCAUGAUGCAUGUUGCAUUGCCUAUCAUAUCCGAUAUUGAAGUUGCAUAAUAUUAUGAGGCAGUUGUCGUGAGUAUCUGUCAUACACAGAGCCUGAGGAGCGGAGUGUAUGAUGUAAUCCCAGAGGGAGCCCUGGGACCUCUGUCCCCGGAGGACCUGCGACUGAUCCUGUGUGGCUGCCACAGCAUAGACACAGACAGACUCAGAGUUAUCACCGUCUUUGAGGACGAGAGCAAGAAAGAGGAAGAGGUGCUGGCAAAGUUCAAGGGCUGGUUCUGGUCGGUCGUGGAGAGGCUGAGUGUGAGAGAGAGACAAGAACUCCUCUAUUUCUGGACCAGUAGCCCAGCUCUACCGGCCAACACAGAGUCCUACCAGCCUUCCCCAAGUAUUACGAUCAGACCUCCGGAUGACGCCAGACUCCCGACCGCCAACACCUGUAUCUCUCGUCUCUACAUCCCUCUGUAUUCGAGUCGCUCCCUGCUCAGCACACGCCUCCUCACUGCACUCAAGACCAAGACCUUUGGAUUUGUUUAGCUGCACCCACGGGGUGUGCUCUAAUUGGACCUCUCACACAGGCAGCAGCAGACACAUUCAUUUAUCACUUCACGUGCUGCUUUGCUAAUGUAAUCAUUUUGUCGUGGAAGUUUCUAUGAAAUAAGGUACUCGCAAAGAUUUGAACUUUUGAUGGUAGUGUAUAUACCUCAGCACAUGAUUUAUAAAUAAAUUAUUGAUGAGGAGGGUAUUAUAAUAUUGGGUCCCAUUCAAGGGUCUGGUACUGCACCACACCUUUCUCUACUGAACAGAGGAGUAGCGCCUUCACAACCUUUGACCCUACUCGACACAGACUUGUCAGUGUUGCAAUAGGCUGUUUCCAUGGCAACACCAGAGCUAGGAAGCAGGAGUGAACGAGGGCGGGGUCUCCCUGGUAAACGAGGUAAUCUGCACCAUACUUGAGUCCCGAUGUUAGAGUGAAUCCAUUCUCCCACAAGUCUCCGAAGACAGCUGCUCGGGUUUCCUGUUCUCGUGUGAUGACAUCAUCAGGAGGUGUUUCCUGCUCCAAUUCCAGUACACCUUUCUCCAAGAGGUGAGAGAGCUCCUCAGGAGAGAGGUGGAGAGGCAGACCGAGCUGCCCACUCUGCCGAGGCUGCACUGGCAGUGCUCCCACCAGGCCACCCACCACUCGCCACUCCACUCGCAGUCUGUACACAUCCUCUGCUCUCCACACAAGAGCUCCACACACACCUCCCUGUGCAACAGCUUGUAUCUUCCCCUUAGACAUUA